AUUCCAUUCCACGUGUUGCUUGUCGGAGGCGCCACAGGUUCCCCACCUGCGCCGGGGCGCUCCGACAGCGGCGCCUCAGCCGGCGGGCUCCGGGUGGACCCCCUGCCUGCGCGUUCGGGGCUGGCCGAGCAAUUCCCGAGGCGCUCAGACUCACCCCCCCGCUAACUCCGCCUAUUCCCUCCCGGCGGCUCCCCGUACUCCCCCCCCCCACCGGUCCUCCGCCCGGCUCCUGCCCGCCCCUUUCCCCUGGUGGUAGGAAACACUCCCGCGUCUAACUCGACGUGUCCGGAAAGCCCUGGCCAGUUUCCCUUUCGUUCUGCGGCCGCGGCUGCUGGCCCCGGGGCUCCCGCGGACCCGCGGGUGCAGGCGCUGCGGGUGAAGCGCGUGGGGACCGCGAGCAGAGCGGCGGGCCCCCCUGAUCACCAUGCUGGACCCGUCUUCCAGCGAAGAGGAGUCGGACGAGGGGCUGGAAGAGGAGAGCCGCGAUGUGCUGGUGGCGGCCGGCGGCUCGCAGCGAGCGGCGCCGGCCCCGGCUCGGGAAGGGCGGCGGGACGCGCCGGGGCGCGCGGGCGGUGGCGGCAGCGCGGCCAGACCCGUGAGCCCGAGCCCCUCGGCGCUCAGCGAGGGGCGAGACGAGCCCGAACGGCAGCUGGACGAGGAGCAGGAGCGGAGGAUCAGCUUGCAGCUCUACGUGUUCGUGGUGAGGUGCAUCGCGUACCCCUUUAACGCCAAGCAGCCCACCGACAUGGCCCGGAGGCAGCAGAAGCUUAACAAACAACAAUUGCAGUUACUGAAAGAACGGUUCCAGGCCUUCCUCAAUGGAGAAACCCAAAUUGUAGCAGAUGAAGCAUUUUGCAAUGCUGUUCGGAGUUAUUAUGAGGUUUUUCUAAAGAGUGACCGAGUGGCCAGAAUGGUGCAGAGUGGAGGCUGUUCUGCUAAUGAUUUCAGGGAGGUAUUUAAGAAAAACAUAGAAAAACGUGUGCGGAGUUUACCAGAAAUAGAUGGCUUGAGCAAAGAGACGGUGUUGAGCUCAUGGAUAGCCAAAUAUGAUGCCAUUUAUAGGGGCGAAGAGGACCUGUGCAAACAGCCAAAUAGAAUGGCACUAAGUGCUGUGUCUGAACUUAUUCUGAGCAAGGAACAACUCUAUGAAAUGUUUCAGCAGAUUUUGGGUAUUAAAAAACUAGAACACCAGCUGCUUUAUAAUGCAUGUCAGCUGGAUAAUGCAGAUGAACAAGCAGCCCAGAUCAGAAGGGAACUUGAUGGUCGGCUGCAAUUGGCAGAGAAAAUGGCAAAGGAAAGAAAAUUCCCAAAAUUUAUAACAAAAGAAAUGGAGACUAUGUAUAUAGAAGAGCUGCGGUCUUCGGUGAAUCUGCUAAUGGCCAAUUUGGAAAGCCUUCCAGUUUCAAAAGGUGGCCCAGAAUUUAAAUUACAAAAAUUAAAACGGUCGCAGAAUUCUGCAUUUUUGGACAUAGGAGAUGAGAAUGAGAUUCAGUUGUCAAAGUCCGACGUGGUGCUGUCAUUCACCUUAGAGAUUGUCAUAAUGGAAGUGCAAGGUUUGAAGUCAGUCGCUCCCAAUCGAAUUGUUUACUGUACAAUGGAAGUGGAAGGAGAAAAACUGCAGACAGACCAGGCCGAAGCCUCAAGGCCGCAAUGGGGAACUCAAGGAGAUUUCACCACCACCCAUCCUCGGCCUGUGGUCAAAGUGAAACUCUUCACAGAAAGCACUGGGGUCCUGGCCCUGGAAGAUAAAGAACUGGGAAGGGUGAUAUUAUACCCAACUUCUAAUAGCUCCAAGUCAGCUGAAUUCCACCGAAUGAUAGUUCCAAAAAAUAGCCAGGACACUGAUUUAAAAAUCAAACUGGCAGUGCGAAUGGAUAAACCAGCACAUAUGAAGCAUAGCGGAUAUCUGUAUGCCGUUGGACAGAAGGUUUGGAAAAGGUGGAAAAAACGUUACUUUGUUCUUGUUCAGGUCAGCCAAUACACCUUUGCUAUGUGCAGUUACAGAGAAAAAAAGUCUGAACCACAAGAAUUAAUGCAGCUUGAAGGAUACACGGUGGAUUAUACAGAUCCCCACCCAGGUCUUCAAGGUGGUAAUAUGUUCUUUAAUGCUGUUAAAGAAGGAGAUACUGUAAUAUUUGCCAGUGAUGAUGAACAGGACAGAAUAUUAUGGGUUCAAGCCAUGUACAGAGCCACAGGUCAAUCAUAUAAACCAGUUCCUGCCAUUCAAACCCAGAAGCUGAAUCCUAAAGGAGGAACUCUCCAUACAGAUGCUCAGCUUUCUGGUAAAGAUGCAGAUCGUUUUCAGAAGCAUGGUAUGGAUGAGUUUAUUUCUGCUAAUCCCUGCAAGCUUGACCACGCCUUUCUUUUUAGACUACUCCAGAGGCAGACUUUGGAUCACAGACUAAAUGAUUCCUAUUCUUGCUUGGGUUGGUUUAGCCCUGGCCAAGUCUUUGUGUUAGAUGAGUACUGUGCCCGUUAUGGUGUGAGAGGCUGUCACAGACAUCUCUGCUACCUUACAGAACUGAUGGAACAUUCAGAAAAUGGUGCUGUCAUUGACCCUACCCUGCUCCAUUACAGCUUUGCAUUCUGCGCCUCUCAUGUGCAUGGCAACAGGCCUGAUGGAAUCGGGACUGUUUCGGUGGAAGAAAAGGAGAGAUUUGAGGAAAUAAAAGAGAGACUCUCUUCCCUUUUAGAAAAUCAGAUAAGCCAUUUCAGGUACUGUUUUCCCUUUGGACGACCUGAAGGUGCUCUAAAAGCUACACUUUCAUUACUGGAAAGGGUUUUAAUGAAAGAUAUUGCCACUCCCAUACCGGCAGAAGAGGUGAAGAAAGUGGUCAGAAAAUGUCUCGAGAAAGCUGCCUUGAUCAAUUACACUAGACUCACAGAAUAUGCCAAAAUAGAAGGACCAGCAGAAAAGGAAACAGAGACCAUGAACCAGGCAACUCCUGCCAGAAAGCUGGAAGAGGUUCUUCAUCUAGCAGAGCUCUGCAUAGAAGUCUUACAGCAGAAUGAAGAGCAUCACGCAGAGGCAUUUGCCUGGUGGCCUGACUUGUUGGCUGAACAUGCAGAGAAGUUUUGGGCUCUAUUCACAGUGGAUAUGGAUACGGCACUGGAGGCUCAACCACAAGACUCUUGGGAUAGUUUUCCUCUUUUCCAACUGCUUAAUAAUUUCCUCAGAAAUGACACACUUUUGUGUAAUGGAAAAUUUCACAAACAUUUGCAAGAAAUCUUUGUGCCUUUGGUUGUCCGCUACGUCGAUCUCAUGGAGUCCUCCAUCGCCCAGUCAAUUCACAGAGGUUUUGAGCAAGAGACAUGGCAGCCUGUCAAGAAUAUCGCCAACAGUCUUCCCAAUGUAGCUCUUCCAAAAGUUCCAAGUCUGCCUCUUAAUCUUCCACAGAUUCCUAACAUUUCUACUCCUUCAUGGAUGGCUUCUUUAUAUGAGUCCACGAAUGGCUCAGCAACAUCAGAAGACCUGUUCUGGAAACUGGAUGCGCUGCAAAUGUUUGUCUUUGAUCUACACUGGCCAGAACAAGAAUUUGCCCACCACUUAGAACAAAGACUUAAACUAAUGGCCAGUGAUAUGAUAGAGGCCUGUGUCAAAAGAACAAGAAGUGCAUUUGAACUCAAGCUGCAAAAGGCAAGCAAAACAACUGACUUGCGCAUCCCAGCUUCCGUGUGUACUAUGUUUAACGUAUUAGUAGAUGCCAAAAAACAAAGCACCAAACUCUGUGCCCUGGAUGGAGGACAAGAGCAACAGUACCAUUCAAAAAUAGACGAUCUAAUCGACAACACUGUAAAAGAAAUCAUUUCACUGCUGGUUUCCAAGUUUGUUUCAGUGUUGGAAGGGGUGUUGUCUAAGCUGUCGCGGUAUGAUGAAGGCACUUUCUUUUCAUCUAUUCUGUCAUUCACUGUGAAAGCAGCUGCAAAAUAUGUUGAUGUUCCGAAACCAGGAAUGGAUCUGGCAGACACCUAUAUUAUGUUUGUUCGACAAAACCAAGACAUUCUUCGAGAAAAGGUCAAUGAGGAAAUGUAUAUAGAAAAGUUGUUUGAUCAAUGGUACAGCAGUUCCAUGAAAGUCAUUUGCGUAUGGUUGACUGAUAGACUAGAUCUUCAGCUUCAUAUUUACCAACUGAAGACUCUCAUCAAGAUUGUGAAGAAAACCUACAGGGACUUCCGAUUGCAGGGUGUAUUGGAAGGAACACUGAACAGUAAGACAUACGAUACUCUCCACAGACGUUUAACAGUAGAGGAGGCCACCGCAUCUGUUUCAGAAGGAGGAGGACUUCAGGGCAUUACUAUGAAAGACAGUGAUGAAGAAGAAGGCUGAUAACAUAGCUCUGGAGAAGGAAGCGGGACCGCGAUUGACAUUGUGAGGGUUUUUUUUUUGUUUUGGUUUUGGUUUUGUACCUUGUCUUUGUAAUUAUGUUUAUUGUUUCAAAUAAAAAUGCUUGUAUUUCUUUUUGAUUUCUUUAAAAAGUAAACAUGAAAAUAGAGUUAAAGGGGAAAAUGUCAAGUUUUUUGUUGUUUUGGUUUUUUUUUUUUUUUUUUUUUAGACGAAGAUCAUCCUCUUUUGUAUUGCUUGGCAUAAAAAUGAACUUCAGUUCUGUUUGUGAUUGGAACCUGACUUUAAAAAAAAAAAAGAUUUGACCUUUCUUUGUAAUCACAUCAAUAUAAUGUUCUGUAUGUACAAUGAGAUACAUGUUUCUCAUAAUACAACAUUGUGAAAAGCCACUUCUGAUCACUGCACCAACUCUAUCGUACCCUUGUUUAAAUGGUGUGUACAUUACAGAUUACAACUUAUGUGCAAGACUUGUUUUGUACUUAAUUUACCAUUGCUGUGAUGUGUGUUAAAACUUUAAUCUUGGUUCUUACUACUCCAAAUUGGACUGCAGGUGUAUUCCUGGGCUGAAACGACUGCCAAACCCAAAUAUAGACUAGAUUAUCCAGUGGGUUUAUGUCUUCUUGAACUUUUCUUCUUUCAAGUAUAAGAAACCCCAAGGUGUGUGGUGGUAGCAAGUGUGCUCCCACCAAUAUACCAUAUUCUCCUAUUCCUAGGUAUAACAGCUUGCAGGCAAUAAAAAUCCAUUUGGUCGUAUCCACUUCUGUAUUUAUUAGACUUGUAUAGAGUAAAUACAGUAAAAGAUGUUUGCAGUGUUUCAAACAUCCCAACUACCUGGCUCUGUGUUUUUGUUUCUUGCUUUUUUGUCUUGUAACAUUUUUUUCAACUAAAUGAGUAAAAGAUAUUAACACAGUGCUUUGUACCUAGUAGGCACACACAUCUAUUAAAAUAAUUAAUUACAAUGGCAGCAUAUUUCUGUAGUAAAAUAAAUUAUACUUCAUACUCAUAUAUUGCAUAUUAUUAGUUAAGUUAGAACUUAAUGUUAACUAACAAUAAUAUCAACAAUACAAAUAAUGUUAACCAGCAAAGUAUUUUCUUGCUAGACUUUGACAGAAAAUUGUACUAUGUUUUGUAAUUUCCCAGUGAAUUACUUUUGCAAUUUUUCCUAAAAUUUACUGGUACAUUCACAAGUAAUUUUUAAAUGAAAUCAGUUAAUGCAAAAUAAGUGGAGGUAUCCCUGAAUUUAUGAAAACUUUUGUUCCAGAACUUUAGAAGUGAAACAACUUGAACCCCCAAAUUUGUUCUCUCAUGGAGUUAUAAAUGGUCACUAGAUUCCCAGGCUAGCUCACACACACAAAAAGAUCUAUAUAAUCCAUCGUUAUUAUAUAGUAUUGUUUUGGCUCAUUUUCUGCAUCAAAAGGAUAAGAAGAUAAACAUAAAAGAAAGAAAUUUCUUCCUUUUUCUGAAUUACAGACUCUACUGACUCUAUUUUUGAAAGGCAGGUUGCCUUGGAAUGCUCUUUCUCCCUUUCUUCUCCAUCCUCGCAGCCAGUACCCACCCCUUCCUUCCAGCCCUUGAGUGUCCAGGUGUGCUACCCUAAACUCUGGCGUCCCCAAUGGCUCACUCGCCAAGCUUGCCACUCCACCACAGAGGACUCUAUGCUUGGAAAUUACCUACCCUUCUUUUCCUUCUAGUGAAAUGUCCAUUUACUUGAUACA